AUGCGGGCCCACGAUGGGCCAACAAUCACUAACGACCACCAGAGCCAGCAGAGCCAUCCAGAUAGGGACGAUCGGCAUUCGCCAGUAGCAGCAGCCGGGACGUCGCUUUCGGCCCGAUCCAGUCCUGUUCGUUCCAGUUGCAACUGGGGCGCGUGUUAUUGGCUGUUGACAAUUAUUCUGGCCGGUUGGCUAGUAGUGCCGAUCGGGGCCGGACCCCGCUACAGCUCACGCAUUGUGGAAACCAAAUCCGGAGCGAUUCGUGGUGUGAUCCUGGAGCUGAACUCCAAGUACCUGGAACCGGUGGAGGUGUUCAAAGCAGUGCCCUACGCCACCCCUCCGGUUGUAAAUUUGCGAUUUGAACCUCCGAAAAAGUUACCCCCCUGGAAAGGAACCAAACUGGCGGAUACGUUUGGGCCAGUUUGUCCACAGAACUUUCCAGAUAUAAGCAACCGCACAGCAGCACUCCUUUCGAUGCCGAAAGGCCGCUAUCAGCAUCUGAAACGGUUGCAGCCGCUACUGGCAAAUCAAAGCGAGGAUUGCCUGACACUCAACAUUUACGUCCCCGGAAGCGGAAGCCGAGGACUGGAAGCGCCCUACUCCAUCUUUUUCUACAUCCACGGCGAAGCGUACGACUGGGGUUCCGGCAAUCCGUACGACGGCUCCGUACUGGCCAGCUACGGUCACGUGAUCGUUGUUACAGUCAAUUUUCGUUUAGGAAUUCUUGGUUUUCUGAAAACUCGUGCCUCAACAUCACCGGGAUCUGGUGGCAAUCUAGGUUUAAUGGAUAUCAUCCUUGCCCUGCAAUGGGUGCGGGACAACAUUGCCGCGUUUGGCGGUGAUCCCAAACGAGUCACGCUGGUCGGUCACGACACGGGAGCAGCGUUAGCAAACAUGGUUCUAAUCUCAAAGAGCGGAAAAGGACUAAUCAAUCGGGCGAUUCUGCUUAGCGGAACCGCCCUCAGCCCGUGGGCUCUGAUACCAGAUCCAGAUGCGAUCCGGCUGGAAGUGUCCCACCAGAUGGCGUGCCAUCUGCUGGUGGAACCCCCACCAGGUAAGCCGGCCCGUAAGCCAUCCACCGAUGACAUCACCGAGUGUCUGCGAGACAAACCGCUGGAAGCACUGAUGGGAGUAAGACUGACGACUGUCCGGUUCAUGCCAUCCUGGGGCCCCUUCCUGCCGCUGGAAGACUCCCUGGAUCCCGAGUUCGCGAUGGAACAUUCGGGGGAAGGCUUCAUCACCAGCGAACUUAUGCUCGGUAUGACCACAACCGAGAGCUACAACGAUUUCAGUGCUUCCGACAUACAGUACGGUCUGGAAGAGGAACAACGCAAUCGGCUGCUGCGAACGUACAUCAGGAACGCAUUCACCUUCCAUCUGAACGAAAUCUUUUCGGCCGUGCGAAACGAGUACACGGACUGGGACAAACCGAUUCAGCAUCCAAUCAAUAUCAGGGACUCGACGAUGGAAGCAUUAAGUGACGGUCACACUGUGGCUCCGCUGAUCAAGGUGGCCUACCUUCACGCCCGGCGUGGAGCCAAAACGUACAUGUUUCACUUUGGCUACCAGAGCAAAGAGAGUGAAUACCCACAGCGACUGGGCAGCGUGCGCGGUGAAGAUUUGCCCUACAUUUUGGGACUUCCGCUGGUGCAGGGGAUUCCCUGGUUUCCGCAGAACUACUCUCGGCAGGACAUGGGAGUGAACGAAGCGGUGCUGAACUUUGUCAGCAAUUUCUGCAAAACGGGUGACCCGAACGAUGCCGGCCAUCAGGCACCGCUGCUGCAUCCGGACUACGGAACGGCGAAAGAGCGCACUCGUUUCCGGGGCAUCCUGUGGGAUACCUUCGAGACGACUACGCAACAGUAUCUAAGCAUAUCAACCAAACCGAAGAUGCGAAGUCACUACCGGGGCCACAAAAUGGCAUUGUGGCUGAACCUGAUUCCGCAGUUACAUCGCCCCGGGGAUCCGGAGGUUUCGAUGCGACAUCACCACUUCCGGGAACGGGAUCCGCACUACUAUGCCGGUUCGGUUCGCGCCGAGUCGUUCAGUCGGCCACGAAUGUAUGGCAGUGGGAUCAUUAACGAUGCUCAGGAAUCCCGGUUAGAGUCAUUUGGAACCGAGUGCACUCCGGAUCCGACAAUGGGAGAAGUACUGCAGGAAGGAAAUUCCGACGGUGGUAUCCUCAGCGAGGAGGAGGAAGAGGAACUGUUGGAAAAACUUGCCAAUCGGCAUUACUACAGUUACACCGCCGCCUUGGGAGUGACAGUUGGCGUAGGUUGCCUUUUGUUGCUGUUGAAUAUGCUCAUCUUUGCCGGUAUCUACUAUCAGCGGGACCGUUCCCGUCGACGUAAGUCCCAGGCGAGCAGCGGUUCCGGUUCCGGAAGCGGAUCUCGAAACAACGGAAAUGCCAGUCCAGAUGAAGCAGAUAUCCCUCUGACGACUAUUCCAAGUCCAUCACCGACUAAAAUGAAACGGGACCAUGAAUCGCCGCCCAGUUAUGCAACGUUGCCGAAGCGAAAUUCGGGCAGCAAUCAUCAGCAUCACCACCAACAGUCGAAGGGUGGGUCGGGUAUAAAGGACACCAAUCUGACGACAGCCACCCUGGGACGGACCGGAAGCUUCUCGCACAAACAACAGGACAGAGAUCAUGCCGACCCGACCAGCAGCAGCAGCAGCAGCAGCAGUAACCCGGUAGUGCGGCGUGUCGGUGCUUCCUACUAUCUCAGCGUGUGGGCGGGCGACAAAACCGUUCGCGAAAGAUAA